CUCGGUGUCGGUGCUGCCUGCCGACGACGACGACGAACUGCUAAGUCCCCUGUACUCGCCCAUGUCCUCCUCAGACGAUCUCGCCGACCAGUCCAGCUUUUACAUUAACCCCCAUGCCAUUCCUAUUCCGUAUCCUAUCCCCUAUCCGCCCCUCCAGCCGCCGCUCGUGCAGAGGUGGCUCGAGUGCCACGAUCCCCUUCCCUACUAUGAUGCCGACGACGUGGACGACCUGCCGGUGCCCGACGCUAUAGAGGACACCUCGGACGACGAGUCGGAUGCUCCGGCGACGCCCUUCGACCACUCGACGUCAUCGCUGGUCGACCCGGCCUCUGUUCCCCUCCCACCUGACCGGCGGCAGCGCUCUGAUUUCUCCCAUCCCCAAGUGUAUAUUGACACGGACGAUUCGUACUUUUACCCGUUCGAGCUCGAUCCCCUCCCCCUCACCACGACGACGCCGUUUCCGUCGAUACUGCCCGUGUCUACCGGCCCUCGCUUAUCCAGGAAUGCUAGUAGCUCCUGUACAUAUUGCUCGCCUCGCCUAGCUUGCCUGCCCCCUCCCCUCCCCCGUUACAGUGAUUGCGCUGUCCCGUGACUGACCCUGUCUACCGUAUCUGCCAUGCAUGCCACUGGCCGUGCAUCAUGUCUAUAAUUCGUUGUUCGCUUUGUGGAAUCUAGGGUGUUUGAUCUCGGCCGUCGCAGACGUUGCAUCACUCCAUUCCCGGGA